AUUUGUACUGUAGUAUUUUCGGGGCUCUGAUGCAGAUCUGCUCCUGCAGGACCUUUAAGGUCUUGGACGAUGACCAGAGCCGCUCUCUGGACCUGAAGGAGUUCCUGAAGGGUCUGCAGGACUACGGCGUCCUGAUGGACAGACAGGAAGCCACGGCGCUCUUCCAGCGCUUCGACCGCGACGGCAACGGGACCAUCGACUUCGACGAGUUCCUGCUCACGCUCAGGCCCCAGAUGUCCCACGCCCGACAGGAAGUGGUUCUGCAGGCGUUCAGGAAGCUAGACCGGACAGGGGACGGCGUGGUGACCAUCGAGGAUCUGAGGGGUGUCUACAGCCCCAAACAUCACCCCAAGUUCCAGAACGGGGAGUGGAGCGAGGAACAGGUCUUUAGGAGCUUCCUGGACAACUUCGACUCUCCCAACGACAAGGACGGGAAGGUGACCAGCGAGGAGUUCCUGAACUAUUACUGCGGAGUCAGCGCCUCCAUCGACAGCGACGUGUACUUCAUCCUGAUGAUGAGGAGCGCCUGGAAGCUCUGA